AUGGCUAGUUCAGCUUCUUUGGAGAGAGUGAUACCUUCCUGCCAAAGACUUGAUGGGCGACAUGGGGAUACAACAUCAUCCAAAUCACUGGCCUUCUCAAUUGAACGAAUUAUGGCAAAGACUUCAGAUCCCAAACCUACAUUUUUUGAACAAAAUCAAGGACUAGACACAGAAGCAAAGAAAAUUCUAAAUCUUUGCUCACCCAUCCCAUGCAUGAUCCCAAUUCAAUCCUUAAAUUAUGAUGUUCAUUCCAAAACCCUACUGAAUUAUUCUGAGAUCUGGAAGAACAGCUUGAGAGGUACAGUGUGCAGUUCAACUGGUUUGUGCAAACCUAACUGCGGCAUAUGCUGUAAAAAUGAAUUAAAUAUGGGACAUUCUAUUCUUCCAAAUAACAGGGUGAUCAAACCCCAGGUUAUUAAUCAGACUGUGGGUGUACCAUCUAACGGAUCCUUAUAUUAUUUUAACUACCUGGAUGCAUCCUAUCACCAUUCUGAUAUAUUAAAUGGACAACUUAUACCUUCUAGCAUAUUAAAUGCACAAUCUCAAGCAAGCCUUUCUGCUCAUCAGAAACUAUUUCUUCUGGAAAAUGCCAAACUCUCAGGUCUUGCAUCAGAUAAAUUUCCAAACCAUCAAUACCCUCAUAAGGAAAGGCUUCCAGGACAGUUGGAUCAAGUAAUGAAAGAAAAUACAGCCUUAUCAGUGGAUAGACACGGUAAAAAUCAGACAAAACUGAAUGCUAAUUCUGUUGAUGGAAAACCUAAGAUAUUUACCUGUGAAGUCUGUGGCAAGGUUUUCAAUGCACACUACAAUUUAACCCGGCACAUGCCAGUACACACAGGGGCUAGACCAUUUGUAUGUAAAGUAUGUGGUAAAGGAUUUAGGCAAGCCAGUACCCUCUGCAGACAUAAAAUUAUUCAUACACAGGAAAAACCUCACAAGUGCAAUCAGUGUGGUAAAGCGUUUAACAGAAGUUCAACAUUAAACACUCAUAUCAGAAUACAUGCUGGUUAUAAACCAUUUGUUUGUGAAUUUUGUGGCAAAGGAUUUCACCAAAAAGGGAAUUAUAAAAAUCAUAAAUUGACACACAGCGGAGAAAAGCAGUAUAAGUGCACAAUUUGCAACAAAGCUUUUCAUCAAAUUUAUAAUUUGACUUUUCAUAUGCACACACACAAUGAUAAGAAACCUUUUACUUGCGGAACCUGUGGGAAAGGAUUUUGCAGAAACUUUGAUUUGAAGAAACAUGUUAGGAAAUUACAUGAUAAUAUUUCCUCUGUUUGUUCACUGAAGGAUAUAUCAAGAGAUGGACAAAGUUAA